AUGGAUGAAGAAUUUCUCAAACAGGCACACAACAAUUUGGAUCUCGCGUUACAAUUUUGGCCUCAAGGCAGUAAGGAUGUGGACGCAACUAAACUAGUCGCGACCCCAAUUAUGUUUUUCCAAAUUGCGAUUUUCCAAUGUGGGGGAAUCACGUUAUCUACUAGCGCUACACAUUUCGCAAUUGAUGGGUGGACUAAUUUUACCUUCAUCUACGAGUGGUCUAAAGUGUGUAAAUUUGGAACUCCAGCAGAAAAAAUUAAUUUCAUGAGCUUUGAUUUGGCUAACAUUUUUGGACCAAGAGACAUAACAUUUUCAGAUGAAACUGAACCUUUGGUCACUAAACUAGUGGCCAAAAAGUUCGUUAUGGAUGAGGUCUCAGUUUCAAACCUUAGAGACGAAUUAACAAAAUGUAACAACAGUUCAAGAUCCUUAUACUUUAAGCCCUCAAGAGUUGAGAUUAUUACCGCGAUUUUAUGGAGGGCUUUACUUCGCGCUUCACAUGCAAUAACAGGUAAAAUGAAGCCUUCUGUACUUUCCUUUCCCCUAAGUUUACGUGGUAAGCUUAAAUAUCGCGAAACAAUUAAUCCUUUUGGGAAUUUCAUUAUUGAAAUUCCUAUAAAUUAUGAACCAAAGGGGUGUGAUAUAGAGUUACAAGAUUUCAUAAUAUUAAUAAGAGAAACAGUGCAAAAAACUGUUGAUUUUGUUAGUGAAGCAUCAGUAGAUGAAGUAGUUGCAAUGGUGGAAAAUUUGUAUAACAAAAGUUAUGGAGGAACAGACUGGGGAGCUAGUGAUGAUGUUGAGGAAUUUGCAUGUUCAAGUUUGAAUAGGUUUCAUAUGCAAGAGGCAGAUUUUGGAUGGGGGAAUCCAAAUUUAAUGCAUUUUGGAUCAAGAGAUAAUCAAGUUUUUUGGUUGUAUUCAACACAAUGUCGUAAUAAUAUUGUUGUCCAAAUGGAUCUCAAGGAAAAGUACAUGGACUUCAUUCAACAUGACCAAGAAUUCUUAGCUUUUACCAAGUUAAGGGAAGGGUAA